UUUUCAAUUCUCUUCCCAACUUCAACAUGUAAAACAAGUUUUGCGUCAUGACUGCGCAAUGAUGGCAACAGUGACGAUCUUGAAGCUACGUUGCGCAUCACUACUAAUGGCAGCUGGGUAGAUGCCGUGGAUUCAACUUUCAAGAAUGUUUCGGGGCUCACAGCUGGUGAUCAGCUCAUGUCCGUUAAGGUCACAUCUGCGACUCAAUGAGUCCAUCUGUACCCGCGCUGGAUGGUGUUUGAAUGAAUGGAGGCAUGAAGGCAUUUUUGGAAGAUGGACACAUUCGUCACUCUCUACAGAGGCUGGAGCCUGUCCGACAAAGUAUUCUCUUUUUAACUCACAAUGUGACAGCAAACUAAGUCAAGAGGCCUCAUUACAAAACCUAAAAUCCACAGAUCCUGCUAAGUCUCCUUCAAAGCAAGCUGUGAACGUUCGAGACAGUUUAUCAAACGCAGCUUGCCGUCUAUCUCGGAGAAGAUCUCAAGAUAUUUGUCAUCCUUUGCACAAUUUAAAGAAUACAACAAACUAUGGCCAUUUUUGCUCCAGACAGAAGACUGUCAGCUCCUUGCAAUGGUUAGAAAAUGUCCGCACAAGAGCACAAGCCUAUAGCCUUUCUUCUCACCAAACCAGAGCAAUUCAUGGAGUCUGGAGUGAGUGUCUUACUCCAGAAAAUGAAAACAGGUGUCGACGGAACCUGGCGCCCAAUUUGAAGAUGUAUAAUGUGGAGAAGGGCAAUAAAACUCAGAGCCAAGGAAAGAGUCAGGGAGUAUGGGCGUCCAUUUUGGCAUUGCUCUGCAGUGUCGAGGGAGAACCAGCAUUUCUCUUCACGCUGCGCUCCAGCACGUUGAAGGGGCACAGGGGGGACGUCAGCUUUGCUGGGGGAAAGAGUGAUCCAUCAGACGGUGAUGUGGUGGUCACUGCGCUGAGGGAGGCCCGGGAAGAGCUUGGUAUUCACGUGCCAACAGAAAAUGUUUGGGGUGUCCUCAAGCCACUCAGGGACAGGUCAGGGAUGAUGGUGGCUCCUGUGCUUGCUAACAUAGGCCCACUUGAGGAGUUGUCCUUCCAACCAAAUCCUGCAGAGGUAGAGGAGAUUUUUACGUUGUCUUUGUCCCAUUUGUGCGACCCACAAAACCGUGGGUACACACACUUCCGCAGAGGGGACAGGUACAGCUACACGAUGCCGGUGUUUCGUAACGGGAAGCACCGCGUAUGGGGCCUGACCGCUAUUGCCUUAGACCAGUCACUAAAACUUCUUGUCCCAUCACAUCUGCAGUGAAGCACAAUCAUCGAAUGGCUCAGAGUUCAAAUUUAAUCAUGUGCAGUCAAGCUUCAACUUUUUCUGCACAAUUUUUACUUGUUCUCACAGAGUUCCUUUAAUUGAAGUCAGCCAAUUUGCUAUGAUGAAACCGCUUUGACUUGUUGCACAUCUUCUGAUUGACUGAAUGGAAUGAAUUGAUUAAAUGAGUUUCCAUAAGUUAUUUGCAGCUUACAAGACGAUAUGUGAAAUCCGUGAGUCCCGGAUAUUUAUUAUUACAUUUAUCACGUUUUUACCUCACUCAGAAUCAAACCUGUACUAUUUCAGAUUGAACAUAUUAUAUUAUGUCAGAACAUGGUAUGUUCAAGGACAAAUGCAUUAAAGAUCACUUGGAAAAA